AUGGUAACAGGGAGUGAAAGAAUCAAAAGCUGCAAGAAAAUUUUCUGGAAAAAAUAUAAUUGCAAGCACUAUACUGAAUAUUACUACGGUGCUAUUCCAAAGAUACUCGUUAAUCAAGGAAGUAUUACUGCUAAUUCUGGUGGAGGCGUGUUAAGAUGGAUGGUUGCACAGGUUCCAAACAACUGUGAUUCUUACGAUUAUAUUCAGAUAAAUGGAAAUUCCGAAAGUUCAUAUAUUUUUGAUCCAUUGAGAGUUGAAAGCAAUAAACGUCAUUGUAUGUUCUUUGGUUCUAAUUCUAACCAUAGCUUCACAUUAUACAAGAGCAAGUUAUCACCUGGAAAGUUAUUUGUCGAAAACCUUAAUAUUCCGAAUUCAACAGUCGAAGUUACAGAGAAUAAUAUGACAAUUGAUGACUGGAACAAUAUUUUCCUUUUCUAUGAGAAGAAUGAAUCCGAUACACACUCCGUUGUCGGUGUUCAAAGUUUCAACAAGACAAGCAACGAGACAGUCUACAGUAACUUCUGGAGAACAUCAGAAAGAGUUAUCGAAGUCAAAAAGAUCCCAUUCGAAUAUAACGCUAAGUUUGGUUACAACUCAAUAGAACUUGAUAACGAGACAUUCACAUACAUCCUGUUCCCAGAUGGAAACCAAGUAUUUGCAACCUUCAUCAACACUCAAGAUAUCUUCUUUGACAAUGGUCAGAAACUGAAUGAAGUCCUCACAAUCAACAACAAUACAUACAUUGGCUUGAAACCGAAGAAUCCGGUUCAACUCGAGUUUUAUGUUACAGAAACAAACAACGAGUGUGAGACGGUUGAUGCGAUGAUCAAUGGUGCAGACAAACAAGCGGUUUUCGAUUCUUCAAACCUCGGAAUCAACAGGAAACAUUGUCUCAUUCUAG